CCCUGCAGGACGUGUGUCAUACAAGUACUGCAGUCAAAAGGAUCCAUCAUGGCGAUGCACGCGAAAGUGACUCCACCGCAGAUCCCCGACACCCGCCGAGAACUCUCCGAGCUGGUCAAAAGAAAACAAGAGCUGGCGGAGACUUUGGUAAACCUGGAAAGACAGAUCUAUGCCUUUGAAGGCAGCUACCUGGAGGACACUCAGAUGUACGGGAACAUCAUCCGAGGAUGGGACAGAUAUCUGACCAAUCAGAAGAAUUCCAACAGCAAGACUGAUCGGAGGAAUAGGAAGUUUAAGGAAGCCGAGCGUCUUUUUAGCAAGUCAUCUGUGACAUCAGUUGCGGCCGUAUGUGCUCUCGGAGGAAUCCCCGAUCACAUGAAUGAAAAACGCGAGCCAGGCAGUGGAACAGAGAGCGACACAUCUCCGGACCUUCAGAACCAGGAAAAUGAGCCCAGCCAGGAGGACACGGAGGAGCCGGACGGAGCCCUGCAGGACCUGAAACCACAAAAAGCGGCUUCCGCUUCCUCCGGAAGCCACCACAUCAGCCACAAAAAGCGCAAGAACAAAAACAGACACAGCCCCUCUGGCAUGUUUGAUUAUGACUUUGAAUUUGACAUGAAGAUGAACAAGAAACCCAGAGCGGACUACUCGGCUUGAUGGACUAUGUGGCACUCCAACACACAUUCAUGCACGCAAAUGACACCAUUUUCUUCUUCAGUCAACCCUGAUGCUCUCUUCCCCUGCAUUCCUCCAUCUGUGUUUGGUUCUUCUCUGAUCAUAGUGAAGCUCUCUCAUGUGUUUUAUUUUCAUGAUGCAUACAGAUCUGCCUGUUAUUGCAUGAUAAUGUAUUGCAAACCCGAAGUUCCAGUAUGUUGCUUCAUGACUCAGUAUGCUGGAAUCUGUUAUUUAAUGUGUUACAUUGAUGAUGUAUCAGUGGAUCCUAUGUACUUAGGAACUUAUGUAGCUAAUGUAAAAAGUUGGUCAUGUAAUUAUCGUAUUUUUUACCUUCUUG